GUCUUUGUUGCGUAAACCACGAGGUAAAUGUUUUACCUUUAAUUUAAAUACUUUUGUGUCAUGUGUUAAUUUUCUAAUGCUGAAUGUGAAUAAAGAACUUCCUGGAGACUAGAAAAAUUUGGGAGCCAUUCACGACUCAAAAUGACAUCAGCGACUAAAAAGAAAAAUGUGUUCAAGGAAGUUCUCAAUUCCGAAAUGACCGAGCCGACGGCAGAACAAAAAAUUGUUAAAAUCCUCAGUGGCAAAGGGAACUACCUACACGAAGCCGAACUCCCUGACAAAACAAAAUUCCUGAUAUCAAUGCCUUCAAAGUUUCGGAGGAACGUAUGGAUAAAAAAUGGUGACUUUGUCAUUGUUGAUCCUAUCAAGGAGGGCAACAAAGUCAAAGGUGAAAUCAGUAAGGUUUUGACAAAAGAUUACAUAAAGUAUUUACGGACCGCCAACUGUUGGCCUGAAGAAUUUGACGAAGUGAAAAAUGAAGUCUCAAAUAGACCGCCUAUCGAGGAUUCUUAUUCCUCAUCUUCCUCCUCAGAUUCUGAAUGAAACAUGUAUUCUAAUUUUUUGUAGGGUUAAUAUUCUUGAUAAAACAGAUGACUUAUGUAUGUUUUUGAUCUCUCCGAAAAAUAGUGACCCUGCGUUUCCAGAAAAAUUUAAAGAUCCAAGUAGGAUUUCUCCUCAUAUUCAAUUCUUGACUCUUCAGAUUUUUCUUUUCAAUUAUGUUUGAUUUUUCUUUCAUUUCUGGUUCCCUCUAUUUCAGAACCAAGUCUGAAGGAAACCAUACGCUUGUAUAGAUUUUUUUUGUGUCUAUUUUUGUAUCAUUGUUGAUUGUUAGACAUACUUUAAUAAGAUUGAAAUUAAAGCUGAGAUAUUUUUCCUAAAAA